UGUAACUAAUUUAUCGCAUUGAUUAAAUAAUUUUAAAAUGUAAUAUAAUAAUAAAUAUUAAUUAUUAUUGGUAAUUUGGAUAAUGUGUUACCGUACAUUUGAUAAAAUAAUAUGUUUUUUUACCGCUUUUCAAACUCUUUAAAAUUGAAAUUCUGUUUUUAUUUUAUUUUAUUGAUAAAUUUAAAUGAUAGAAUCUUUACACAUUUGAGAUUAUUUCACUGUGUUUUCAGCUUAACCCUUAGAGGUGAUAGGAUUCCACCCUUAAUCGCACCAAAGUCUCUAAAAUCGCAUAAUUCCCCCGAAUUCAACACAAUUUACAACUCUUUUAACUCAAAAAAUGAUAAUUUAAGUCCAAAAUUAUCCAGUGGAACCUACAAAUGGAGUCUGAAAUCAAAAUCUUUGGGAUUUAUAACGAGUGAAUCUGACUACAAAUGUAGUCCAACUCUGAGGUACAGAAUUUACAGUAACAUUUUAAUGCCUGGAGAAGAUGACCACAAAAUGCUUAAGGAUUUAUAUUUGAAAAGAGAUAAGCUCUUUGACGAGUCUUUAGGGAAGAAUUGUAACCUGUACAGAUACUUUAACAUAACUAAAGAGAACAUUAAGGAGCAUUUGGACUCUACGAUGGAGGAGUUUUUUGAAAAGAGAAGAAAGGAUAGUGAGAAGUCUGUGUACGUAAUUGAUGGAAAUGCUUUUAACGGUGAACAUGACUGUGAAUUACCCUUACCAAGAUCAAUGUCAAGUUAUAAAAUACCAGAAGUUGGUACUGAUCCCAUAGUACCAAUGGGUAGUCAAAACCCUAAUUCAGAACCUAAAUUUGACAAUGAUGUCCUAGACGCCAUAUAUCAAAUGAUCAAACCCACUGAUCAAACUACUGUUACCGAUGAUCAGAGUGUUACUGAGGAUCAGAGUAUUUCUGAGAAUUCUACUGAAAGUGUAGAAGAUUUGGUUGAGUUGUAUGAUGAGGUUGGAGAUAAUGAUUACGAGGUUUUCGAUGAUUAUAAGUUGUAUACUAAGGAAUUUUUUCAAGAUUUAAAGUUUAAAUCAGAUAAGAAUACGAAAAGGGAUAGAGAAUUAUUACAUAGAGUUAUGAUACAGCCUACAGCGUUUCCAAGUUACAUUGACCCGGAGAAUCCAGUACACAGAACUGGCAGAAGAAGGGAAUUACAACGAAAACGAGAUUCAGGGAGACUGCAAAGAUUACGUUGGAAGAUGGAUGUGGAUUAUAAAGAUGAUAUUGUAAGAGGUGAACGGGAUGUAGGAAAUGAUAUAACCAAGGAAUUUAUUGACUCCAUCGAGUGGGAACAAUUAAUGCCCAAACACCAAGAUAACAACUAUUUCAAACGGAGUUAUUAUGAGGGUGGAUUUGGUGAUGAGGACAGGACACUGGAUAGUUUCUUUGAUGUACAAUUCAUAGGCUCAACUGAUACAUAUCCAUUCGCCAUUUCCGCUGGAAUGCAAUUCACAUGGCCCAUCUACUGGGUUCCGUGGUUAUGUAAGAAGAAUCCGAAGAUGAGGGGACAGCCAAUCAGAUCACAAGUGUUCAAUUUAGGCGGCGUAGAACCUCUCCAAUUAUGGUUUUAUCCUGAGGGGACGGCGAAUUCAGUGGAUGGAUAUUGUUCAUUGAAGUUAGUAUCACCACCAGGCUGGAAUUUACCAUAUCGAAUUUACAUGUACAUUUUCAGUGAAUACAAUCAAGUCGUAAUCGGCCCAAUGUACCGAGAAUCCUCACAAUACAUCACACACUCACUCAAUACCUGCAAGUUAAUUGGGAAGAAUAAGGAGGUGGUGGAGAAUGCGGAGAAUAAUAGGGAUUAUGUAAUUCUAGGCCCAUCGGGGAAUGUAUAUGUGGGAGUUGGAGUGGUAGAUGAGCCCGUAAGAAAACGUGAAAGUGACAAGAAAUAUGAAUUUAAAUAUGACUGGGAUGAAGGAGACUACGAUUUUAACCAAUGGCUAAAGAAACAAACAUCAAACCCUGAUGAUCCUUUUACCUUGGACACUAUAGAAAAAGAUCGGACACAUUCGAUAUGGUAUGAAUCGCAUAAGUAUAGACAUGUGCCGGAUCGCCAUAUAUCAAGAUACUGGAAAACAAGGUUUAAAGAAGACGUUUCCUGGAAUCCGCCAGAUUUCACCUAAUAUCCAAUGUGUAAAUACCCAACCAACACUAUUCAUAACUUUGUUGAUUUUUAUGAAUUUAUUUGA